GGUUUGUGCGUCUAGCUGAGGGGGAUGGACCCUGUUCUGGGCGAGUAGAAGUGCAUUCUGGAGAAGCCUGGACCCCAGUGUCUGAUGGGAACUUUACACUCUUCACUGCCCAGGUCAUCUGUGCAGAGCUGGGAUGCGGCAAGGCAGUGUCUGUCCUGGGACACAUGCCUUUCAGAGCAGCAGAGGGCCGGGUCUGGGCUGAAGAGUUCAGGUGUGAAGGGGAGGAGCCUGAGCUCUGUUCCUGCCCGAGAGUGCCCUGUCCAGGGGGCACUUGUCAUCACAGUGGAGCUGUUCACCUUGUCUGUUCAGUGUAUGCAGAUGUCCGGCUCAUGAGAAAUGGCACCUCUCAGUGUGAGGGGCAAGUGGAGGUGAAUAUUUCUGGACGAUGGAGAGCGCUCUGUGCCUCCCACUGGAGUCUGGCCAAUGCCAAUGUUGUCUGUCGUCAGCUCGGCUGUGGAGUUGCCAUCUCUACUCCUAGAGGACCACACUUUGUGGAAGGAAGUGAUCAGAUCUCAACAGCCCGAUUUCACUGCUCAGGGGCUGAGUCCUUCCUGUGGAGUUGCCCUGUGACUGCCCUGGGUGGUCCUGACUGUACCCAUGGAAACACAGCCUCUGUGAUCUGCUCAGAAAACCAGACUCAGGUGAAGCGCCAGUGUAAUGACUUCGAGUCUGAACCAGCAGUUUCCGCAGCCUCAGAGGAGAGCCCCGCCAACUGCUCAGACAGCAGACAGCUCCGCCUGGUGGACGGGGGCGGUCACUGCGCCGGGAGAGUGGAGAUCCUUCACCAGGGCUCCUGGGGCACCAUCUGUGAUGAUGGCUGGGACCUGGACGAUGCCCACGUGGUGUGCAGGCAGCUGGGCUGUGGAGAAGCCCUCAAUGCCACGGUGUCUGCUCACUUCGGAGAGGGAUCAGGGCCCAUCUGGCUGGAGGACCUGAAUUGCAUAGGAGAGGAGUCCCACGUGUGGAAGUGCCCUUCCCAGGGCUGGGGGCGGCACAGCUGCAGACACAAGCAGGACGCGGGGGUCAUCUGCUCAGAGUUCCUGGCCCUCAGGAUGGUGAGCGAGGACCAGGAGUGUGCUGGGUGGCUGGAAGUUUUCUACAACGGGACCUGGGGCAGUGUCUGCCGCAGCCCCAUGGAAGACAUCACUGUGUCCAUCAUCUGCAGACAACUUGGCUGUGGGGACAGUGGAACCCUCAACUCUUCUGUUGCUCUUAGGGAAGGUUCUAGACCCCGGUGGGUAGAUGGAAUCCAGUGUCGGAAAACUGAUACCUCUCUCUGGCAGUGUCCUUCUGACCCUUGGAAAUACAGUUCGUGCUCUUCAAGGGAGGAAGCCUAUAUCUCCUGUGCAGGGUCCCACAGGAACAGAAGACCCUUCUCAUUCCCUGUGUCAGGGCCCUACUGUCCCAUUUCUCUCUCCUCAGACAGCAGACAGGUCCGCCUGGUGGACGGGGGCAGUCGCUGCGCCGGGAGAGUGGAGAUCCUUCACCAGGGCUCCUGGGGCACCAUCUGUGAUGAUGGCUGGGACCUGGACGAUGCCCACGUGGUGUGCAGGCAGCUGGGCUGUGGAGAAGCCCUCAAUGCCAUGAUGUCUGCUCACUUCGGGAAGGGAUCAGGGCCCAUCUGGCUGGAUGACCGGAACUGCACAGGAAAGGAGUCCCACGUGUGGAGGUGCCCUUCCCGGGGCUGGGGGCAGCACAGCUGCGGGCAUGACGAGGAUGCAGGAGUCAUCUGCUCAGGGUUUGUGCAUCUGGUUGGAGGGGGUGGACCCUGCUCAGGGCAGGUAGAAGUGCAUUCUGGAGAAGACUGGAUUCCAGUGUCUGAUGGGAAUUUUACACUCCCCACUGCCCAGGUCAUCUGUGCAGAGCUGGGAUGCGGCAAGCCUGUGUCUAUCCUGGGACACAUGCCUUUCAGAGCAGCAGAGGGCCGGGUCUGGGCUGAAGAGUUCAGGUGUGAAGGGGAGGAGCCUGAGCUCUGGUCCUGCCCCAGAGUGCCCUGUCCAGGGGGCACUUGUCAUCACAGUGGAGCUGUUCACCUUGUCUGUUCAGUGUAUGCAGAUGUCCGGCUCAUGAGAAAUGGCACCUCUCAGUGUGAGGGGCAAGUGGAGGUGAAUAUUUCUGGACGAUGGAGAGCGCUCUGUGCCUCCCAGUGGAGUCUGGCCAAUGCCAAUGUUGUCUGUCGUCAGCUCGGCUGUGGAGUCGCCAUCUCUACUCCUAGAGGACCACACUUUGUGGAAGGAAGUGAUCAGAUCUCAACAGCCCGAUUUCACUGCUCAGGGGCUGAGUCCUUCCUGUGGAGUUGCCCUGUGACUGCCCUGGGUGUUCCUGACUGUACCCAUGGAAACACAGCCUCUGUGAUCUGCUCAGGAAACCAGACCCAGGUGCUGCCCCAGUGCAACCACUCCCUGUCUGAACCAGCAGGCUCUGCAGCCUCAGAGGAGAGCCCCACCAACUGCUCAGACAGCAGACAGCUCCGCCUGGUGGACGGGGGCAGUCACUGCGCCGGGAGAGUGGAGAUCCUUCACCAGGGCUCCUGGGGCACCAUCUGUGAUGAUGGCUGGGACCUGGACGAUGCCCACGUGGUGUGCAGGCAGCUGGGCUGUGGAGAAGCCCUCAAUGCUACGGGGUCUGCUCACUUCGGGAAGGGAUCAGGGCCCAUCUGGCUGGAUGAACUAAACUGCACAGGAAAGGAGUCCCACGUGUGGGGGUGCCCUUCCCGGGGCUGGGGGCGGCACGACUGCAGACACAAGGAGGAUGCGGGGGUCAUCUGCUCAGAGUUCCUGGCCCUCAGGAUGGUGAGCGAGGACCAGGAGUGUGCUGGGUGGCUGGAAGUUUUCUACAACGGGACCUGGGGCAGUGUCUGCCGCAGCCCCAUGGAAGACAUCACCUUGUCCAUCAUCUGCAGACAGCUUGGCUGUGGGGACAGAGGAACCCUCAACUCUUCUGUUGCUCUUAGGGAAGGUUCUAGACCCCGGUGGGUAGAUGGAAUCCAGUGUCGGAAAACGGAUGCCUCUCUCUGGCAGUGUCCUUCUGAUCCUUGGAAAUACAGUUCAUGUUCUUCAAAGCAGGAAGCCUAUAUCUUGUGUGCAGACAAUGACAAGAUCCGACUCAGGGGAGGAGACACCUCAGAGAACAACUGCUCAGGGCGGGUGGAGGUCUGGCACAGUGGCUCCUGGGGCACAGUGUGUGAUGACUCCUGGAGCCUGGCAGAGGCCGAGGUGGUGUGUCAGCAGCUGGGCUGUGGCCAUGCCCUGGAAGCCGUGCGGGACGCGGCAUUUGGCCCUGGAAAUGGGAGCAUCUGGCUGGACGAGGUGCAGUGUGGGGGCCGGGAGUCCUCCCUGUGGGACUGUGCUGCGGAGCCCUGGGGGCAGAGCGACUGCAAGCACGAGGAGGAUGCUGGCGUGAGGUGCUCUGGUGGAAGAACAACUUUGCCCCCCACUCGAGCAGGGACCAGACCAGGCUCAAAUCCUGUUCUUGGCAUCUUCUCCCUACCUGGGAUCCUCUGCCUUAUCCUGGGGGCUCUUCUCUUCCUGGUCCUCAUCAUCCUGGUGACUCAGCUGCUGAGAUGGAGAGCAGAGCGCAGAGCCUUAUCCAGUGUAGAAGAUGCUCUUGCUGAGGCCGUGUACGAGGAGCUUGAUUACCUUGUGACAGCAAAGGAGGAUCUUCUGGGCAACACAGGGUUCCCAUCAGAUGACUCAGUGACUGAACUGCCACAUUACACUGGGGACAGUGAGGACCACGGUGACUAUAGAUCUGCUGCAGAUGACAGGACUGAUGCCCCUGGUGAAGGUUAUGAUGAUGCUGAAGAGGUACCAGUGCCUGGGGCUCCUCCUGCCCCCCAGGGAAUCGAGGGGGAAGUGCCCCCAGUGAAGGAGAAUGGGGUGAGGGCCUCUCAGACAGGCUCUUCUCUGUGCUUCUCUAGAGAGGCGGCUGAUCCUGGGAGAGGAGAAGAGAGCCUCCGGCUGCUCCAGGGGGAGAGGGGGGACGCUGGGUAUGAUGACGUUGAACUAAGUGCCCCUGAAACAGCCAUGGUGGCUUUCCCAUCUCUGGAGCUGAGGCUGAAGGAUGGAGGCCACCGCUGUGAGGGGAGAGUGGAAGUGAAGCACCAAGGAGUAUGGGGCACAGUGAAUGAUUAUCAAUGGAGCUUGAUGUCCGCAGCUGUGGUGUGCAAGCUGCUGGAGUGUGGAGCUGCUGUUGAUGCUCCUGGAGGGGCUUAUUUUGGGCCAGCAGUUGGCCCCAUUUGGUUUUCCUCUGUUUCCUGCAAAGGGACAGAGUCAUCCCUCUUUGACUGUACACAUUCUGGUAUCAAAUCGUAUCAUAAUUAUGGCUUUUCCCACAACUGGGAUGCUGGAGCAGUCUGCUCAGGAAACCAGACCCAGGUGCUGCCCCAAUGCAACCACUCCCUGUCUGAACUAGCAGGAUCUGCAGCCUCAGAGGAGAGCCUCGCCAGUUGCUCAGACAGCAGACAGCUCCGCCUGGUGGACGGGGGCAGUCACUGCGCCGGGAGAGUGGAGAUCCUUCACCAGGGCUCCUGGGGCACCAUCUGUGAUGAUGGCUGGGACCUGGACGAUGCCCACGUGGUGUGCAGGCAGCUGGGCUGUGGAGAAGCCCUCAGUGCCACAGGGUCUGCUCAUUUCGGGGCGGGAUCAGGGCCCAUCUGGCUGAAUGACCUGAACUGCGCAGGAAAUGAGUCCCACGUGUGGGGGUGCCCUUCCCAGGGCUGGGGGCGGCACAACUGCAGACACAAGGAGGAUGCGGGGGUCACCUGCUCAGAGUUCCUGGCCCUCAGGAUGGUGAGCGAGGACCAGGAGUGUGCUGGGUGGCUGGAAGUUUUCUACAACGGGACCUGGGGCAGUGUCUGCCGCAGCCCCAUGGAAGACAUCACCUUGUCCAUCAUCUGCAGACAGCUUGGCUGUGGGGACAGUGGAACCCGCAACUCUUCUGUUGCUCUUAGGGAAGGUUCUAGACCCCGGUGGGUAGAUGGAAUCCAGUGUCGGAAAACGGAUGCCUCUCUCUGGCAGUGUCCUUCUGAUCCUUGGAAAUACAGUUCAUGCUCUUCAAAGGAGGAAGCCUAUGUCUUGUGUGCAGGAAGGAGACCUAAGAGCUGUCCAACUGCGGCCCCCUGCACAGACAAAGACAAGAUCCGACUCAGGGGAGGGGACAACGUGUGCUCAGGGAGGGUGGAGGUCUGGCACAGAGGCUCCUGGGGCACAGUGUGUGAUGACUCCUGGAGCCUGGCAGAGGCCGAGGUGGUGUGUCAGCAGCUGGGCUGUGGCCACGCCCUGGAAGCCGUGCGGGACGCGGCAUUUGGCCCUGGAAAUGGGAGCAUCUGGCUGGAUGAGGUGCAGUGCGGGGGCCGGGAGUCCUCCCUGUGGGACUGUGCUGCGGAGCCCUGGGGGCAGAGCGACUGCAAGCAUGAGGAGGAUGCUGGCGUGAGGUGCUCUGGUGGAAGAGCAACUUUGCCCCCCACUCGAGCAGGGACUAGACCAGAAUCAAAUCCUGUUCCUGACAUCUUCUCCCUGCCUGGGAUCCUCUGCCUUAUCCUGGGGGCCCUUCUCUUCCUGGUCCUCAUCAUCCUGGUGACUCAGCUGCUGAGAUGGAGAGCAGAGCGCAGAGCCUCACCCAGUGUAGAAGAUUCUCUUGCUGAGGCCGUGUACGAGGAGCUUGAUUACCUUGUGACAGCGAAGGAGCAUCUUCUGGGCAGCACAGGGUUCCCGUCAGAUGACCUGGUGACUAAACUGCCAUAUUACACCGGAGAUGGUGAGGACCACGGUGACUAUAGAUGUGCUCCCUUGGAACCCCCAGAUGAGAGGAAUGAUGCCCCUGGUGAGGGUUAUGAUGAUGCUGAAGAGGUACCCGUGCCUCGGGCUCCUGCUGCUUCUAUGAUGAGCCAGGGGGACCUGCCCCCAGAGGAGGAGGAUGGGAUGAGGGCCUCUCAGACAGGCUCUUCUCUCUGCUUCUCUAGAGAGGCAGCUGAUCCUGGGAAAGGAGAAGAGAGCCCCUGGCUGCUCCAGGGAGAGAGAGGGGACCCUGGGUAUGAUGACGUUGAACUAAGUGCCCCUGAAACAGCCACAGUGGCUUUCUCAUGA